GGCAUGCCUCCCCACGCUUACUUUAUAUGGUCGUACUCUUCAGUCUUCUAGUUGAUGUCUUCAACUCACCACUCACUAUAUAUACAUACAAACUACUGAUUAUCUGUCCAAGCCUAACCCCGACACCUCAUCUUCUCUAUCUUCCUUCCCAAAUCUGUAAUUCCCACUCUCAUCUCUCUCUGUCUCUCUCUUUAGGUCUAUGUUUGCUCAUCUUGAUUGAAGAAAUGGGUGCUCAAGUAAGAAAUUAUGAUUGUGCAACUUACAAAAAUGAAGAGGAUACCGACAUGAGGAAAGGUCCAUGGACUGUGGAAGAGGACGCCAUACUCACUGAGUACGUUGCCAUCCACGGUGAAGGACGCUGGAACGCCGCUGCUCGCUGCGCAGGAUUGAAACGGACUGGUAAAAGCUGUAGAUUAAGAUGGUUAAACUACUUGCGGCCAGAUGUUCGACGUGGGAACAUAACUCUCCAAGAACAGCUCUUGAUUCUUGAACUCCAUUCUCGCUGGGGCAAUAGGUGGUCGAAAAUUGCGCAGUACUUGCCUGGCAGAACAGACAACGAAAUCAAGAACUAUUGGAGAACCAGAGUUCAAAAGCAGGCAAAGCAGCUGAAAUGUGACGUUAAUAGUAAACAAUUCAGAGACGCCAUGCGCUAUAUUUGGAUGCCUCGCUUAGUCGAGCGAAUUCGGGCAGCAACUGGAUCUUCCGCGGGUCAAUCCACCGCAUACUCCAGCUGCAGCAGCAACCACAAUGAUAUCCCUGCAAAUAGUGAAGCCGCGCAAAUAAACGACCCCAUGAUGGAGUGGGUGAUGCCAGAGCCAUCAGGAAACUCGCUGGAGUCUUUGGAUACCCAGGUUUCUCCGGUGUCAGACGUGACUGAGUAUCAAAAUCCAACAAGUAUGCAAACUGGGUUGGGUUUAUAUCCGGAAGAUGAGUCGGAUAGGUGGGCGGAGAUGGAGAUGCAGAUGCAGAGCAGUAUACUAGGUGAUGGAGAGGCAUUGGAGAGUCUAUGGAAUGAGGAGAAUAUUUGGUUUUUAAUGUGAGAUUACUAUUAGGAUUGUGAUUUAUGAAUUAGUUUACGUGA